AUGAAAAGGGAGGAAACUAAUAAGUAUAAUGCUUUUGUUGAAAAAGGAAUAAGAGAUUUGGACGAAAGUAUCUUAUUAAGAGAAAAGAAGAAAGACGACAUGAAAAAACAGCCGGAAAUUGAAGAAAUACAAUUAGCGGAAAUUGAAGAAUUUGGACCUGAAAAUUCGCGAAAAUUAAAUUCUUAUCGUAGUUGCGAUAGGCAAACUCUAUUUUGUGGAUCUUCAAAAAGGGAUAAAAGAAAUAUACUCGGAAACGAAAAGGGAAAUAAGUCGUCGGGAAUUUUGCUGCCAUCAAAAUCUCUAAUAGAGAAGUUGAAGAUACGCGAAAAGGAAUCAUCGCCGUGGAACGGAACAAAAACAGACCAUGAGGAGUUUGCGAUGCAAGCUAAUAAAAUAGUGCAAGAGUGUCGUCAUAAAAAAAUGGCGCGAAAAGUUGUUGAUGAAUACAAGAGAGUCAAUUGUUUAUACGGGAACAGUUUGCCUAUUUCUUAC